GGGAUAUAAUUGAAAUCUUGAAUAUGUGUUCAAAGUAUUUUAUGCGUUUCUGGUUGAUUCUCAGCGCAACAUUGGUGGUUUUUAGUGUAUCCGAGACUAGCUCGCCUUUAAUGUCUGAAGAAGAGAGGCUCAACCUUAACUCAAACUAUAAUGGCCUAACUAGGCAGAGAAGACGUCAUAAACUUUUACUGAAUUAAAGAGAGGAGGCAAAGGAGAUGUUUUACCAUGCAUACACUGCUUAUAUGGACAAUGCAUACCCAGCAGAUGAGUUAAUGCCUCUCAGUUGCAAACCAAGAUGGAGAGAGGUGGAGCAAUCCAGAGGAGACAUAGACGAGACUUUAGGAAAUUUCUCAUUGACGCUGGUGGAUGCCUUAGAUACACUAGUUGUGAUGGGGGACAUUGAGGAGUUUGAUCGUGCUCUUCGUCUUGUAGUUAGAGAUGUUUCCUUUGACAACGAUGUAGUGGUAUCAGUCUUUGAGACAAACAUCCGUAUGGUUGGAGGAUUGAUAUCCGGUCAUGUGAUGGCUGAACAUCUUAACCAGUUGUAUGGGGCACUGGGGUGGUAUCGAGGAGAGCUGCUGACCAUGGCACGGGAUUUAGCUUCAAGACUUUUACCAGCAUUUAACACCACAACAGGAAUUCCACACGCUAAGGUUAAUUUAAAGUAUGGUAUGAAGUCCCCGAAACUACAGAGCUCUCGAGAUACUUGCACAGCAUGUGCUGGAACUAUUAUUUUGGAAUUUGCAGCCCUAUCUCGACUAACAGGUGACUCCAUUUUUGAGGAAAAAGCUCGUCAGGCUAUGGAUUGCUUAUGGAGCCAGAGACAUCGGGGAAGUGACCUUGUUGGAACUGUUCUAAAUGUGCAUUCAGGUGACUGGGUGCGGCGGGACUCUGGUGUGGGAGCGGGUAUAGACUCCUACUAUGAAUAUCUAUUAAAGGCCUACGUAUUGUUGGGUGAUGAAGGUUAUCUCGAGAGAUUUAAUAAGGUAUAUUAUGUCUUUAUUGCAUUUGUGAUAUCUUUAUAACAAUAUAUAUCUGCC